AUGAAGUCUAUCGAACGUGCCCACAUGCCCUCCAGACUGUGGGAGAGGGUCAAGCUCAGCAACAACUACAUGAAGGCCCUGGACCAGAUCGAUGAGCGGCUGAAGUACUGGCCGGAGAACCUCAUACAUAAGAACAAGCAACGUCUGACAAAGAUCACACAGUACCUCAUUCGGAUGAAGCGGCUAGUGGCGAGACCCAGGCCCAAGCUGGUGCCUAUCAAGAGAAUGGAAGAAAAGGUGGAACGAAAACGUGAGGCAAGAGCUGAGGUGGUUGCAAGGGUGGACAAUGCAAUUGAGAAUGAACUUUUGAACCGCCUGAAGACUGGGACUUAUGGAGACAUCUAUAACUUCCCGAUGGAGCAGUACAACAAGGCUUUGGAGAGGGAGCUGAAGAGAACCAAGCAGGAAGAGGACGAAAUUGAGGAAUAUGUAGAGGGCCUGAGCGAAGAUGAGGAUGAGGAUGAAGAAGAGGAAGAAGACGAGCUUGAAGAAGAGGAAGAGGAGGAGGAGCAGGAGGUGGAUUAUGUGUCGGACGUGGAGCUGAGUGAAGACGACAUCGAGGAUAUGCGGUGUGGGGAUGAUGGUGAUGUUGGUGAAGAUGACGGUGAACCAUCCUCGUCAGACGAGGAGCCCUCUGAAGGACAGGGAGGUAGUAAGAGGAAGUUGGCUUCAACACCAAGGAAAGCGGGAAAGAAGAAGCGCCGGCCACAUGUGGAGUUGGAGUACGAGGAAGAGUACGAGAUGCCAAGCCAUGCACGGAGAUGA